ACUGGCUGCUGCCGCAAGCCUCAGAGAGGGGCGACAGGAGCGCCCGCCUCGCCGGCCUGGACCUUAACUUGGAGCAGGAAUUAUAGCAGUCCAGAGGAGCUUUGCCCAGUUGCUGAUAUGGAGCAGGUGCCAGCAACAGGCAGACUCGUGCAGAUCACUGUGACAGAUGGAUAUGAUGUGAAAGGCUUUAAAGGGGAAACUCCAGUUACCUUUAUUCGUGCAGAAUUCAAUCAAGUGGUUCUGGGAGAUUCUGCAAAAAUCACUGUUUCUCCAGAAGGAACUGCAAAAUACAACUUCACCAGCAGUUUUGAGUUCAAUCCUGAAGGAGGAAUCACUUUAGAUGACAUUGCCCACAAACCCGUGUUCUUAACCAUGAGUGAAGUUUUACCAAAGGAAAAGAAACAGAAAGAUGAGAAGACCUUGGUUCUUGGUCAGGCUGUGGUGGACCUUCUUCCUUUACUGGAAGGAGAAAGUUCAUUUGAAAUGAAGGUCCCAUUGCACCCUGUACCGGGCUCACCUUUAGAAAAUCUUCGACCAGGUGUUAAGCAGUGCAGUCUUGCAGUUAAAGUAUUUGUGGCAGAGCCAUUACUGACUACAGCUCAAGUUUUAGGGGGCAAUCUACUGAAGGUCACAUUAGAGGCUGCCUACUCUGUGCCAGAGUCCUUCAUUCCUCUAGGGCCGCUGCAAAACUACAUGGUUGGUCUACAAGUUCCAUCGCUUGGAGAGAAAGACUAUCCCAUUUUAUUCAAGAAUGGAACUCUGAAGCUUGGAGGGGAAAGAGAACCUGUUCCCCGGCCCAAAAAAUGGCCUAUUGCCAAUAUACUGGCUCCAGGAGCAAAUAACAUUCCAGAUGCAUUCAUCGUUGGCGGUCCCUAUGAGGAAGAAGAAGGAGAACUCAACCACCCUGAGGACAGGGAAUUUAGGAACCAAGCAGAGUGCAUUAAGAAAAGAAUUAUUUGGGACUUGGAAAGUCGCUGCUACCUUGAUCCUCCUGCAGUGGUCAGUUUCCAGAAACGAAUUGGUGAUUGCCGGCUUUGGCCUGUAGAGAUCACAAGAGUUCCUCUAGUUACUGCACCCAAAGGGAAGGCUGGCAAAUUGGAUAAGAUUGAGGAUGAAAGUCAGCCUUCGUUUCAUGGUGUGGCUUAUGUUAAUAUGGUCCCAUUGCUGUAUCCAGGUGUGAAGAGAAUUCGGGGAGCUUUUCAUGUUUAUCCUUACCUAGACAGCACGGUUUAUGAAAAGACCAAGUGUCUAUCCAGCUUAUUCCGCGAUACUGCCCAUCAUAUAAUUCAGAAUAAUAAAAUUGGAGGAAUUAAUUCUCCACUGGCCAAAGUAGUUGUUUCUAAGAACCUAAAAGAAGAUAAAACAGCCAAAGAAAAGGAAAUGGAUGGAAGGUUUAAGCCUGCGGAUGCGCAAGCAGCUAGUAUAAAAUCUCAGAGCUCAGAUACUCCUUUGGAUGGUGAACCCCCUCUCAGCCACAAUCUAGAAGGACAGCAAUAUGUAGAAGCAGGGACAUACAUUGUGUUGGAGAUUGAGCUGGACAAAGCCUUGGUACCAAAGCGAAUGCCUGAGGAGCUGGCCAGACGGGUCAAGGAAAUGAUUCCUCCAAGGCCACCUCUUACUCGUCGAACAGGAGGAGCUCAGAAGGCUGUGAGUGACUACCACACGCAGAUCAAGAAUAUUUCUAGAUCCAUUCUGGAUGAGUAUCACAGAAUGUUUGGCAAGCAGGUGACCAAACUGGGGAGUGAUAUAGAUAGUGAAACCCUGGAGGAGCAGAAGUGCCAGCUCAAUUAUGAGCUUAAUUGUUCUGGAAAGUACUUUGCUUUCAAAGAACAACUCAAGCAUGCUGUGGUAAAGAUUGUGAGAGAGAAAUAUUUGAAGACAACAUCAUUUGAAAGCCAGGAGGAAUUGCAGACCUUUAUAAGUGAGCUCUAUGUUUUUCUGGUAGAUCAGAUGCAUGUGGCUCUAAAUCAGACCAUGCCAGAUGAUGUCCAAGGAGCUAUUUCAACCAUACCCACUAGCAGUGAACAGCUUCGACUCUUUGCAUUUGAAGCAGAAGUCAAUGAGAACUUUGAAAUGGCAGCAGUAUAUUAUGAAGAGAGGUUGGUCCGUGAGCCCCAGAACCUAGAUCACUGGAUAGACUAUGGUGCCUUCUGCCUGCUAACUGAAGACAAUAUUAAAGCACAAGAGUGUUUUCGGAAAGCCCUAUCACUCAACGAAAGUCAUAUCCACAGCCUGUUGCUGUGUGGUGUCCUGGCUGUCAUGAUGGAGAACUACGAGCAAGCAGAAAUUUUUUUUGAGGAUGCCACUUGCUUGGAACCCACCAGUGUUGUUGCCUGGACUUUGCUUGGUUUGUACUAUGAAAUUCAAAAUAAUGAUAUUCGAAUGGAAAUGGCAUUUCAUGAGGCCUCCAAACAGCUUCAGGCACGAAUGGUUCAGACACAAGUAUCAAAGCAAAAGAGCACUGGUGCUGUAGAGUAUGUUGAAGAAGCAAGGAAAAUAGAAUCUGUUUUGAUCCCUUGGGGAGCCACAAAUGGUUCUUCUGCUACAGCAUUCAAGACAGAAGCCCCAGCAGCUCCAGGACCUGCAUUAUCUAUUCUCGAUGAAUUUCUUGAAGAAUCCUCCAAACUACAAUCUGAAUCACAAGAACCCAUUUUGGGUGCACAACCUCAGGAUCCAACAGUGGGUCUAAAAACAUCCAACACAUUUCUUAAAGAGAUAUCAGGAAAAAAAGAAGCAUCAAAAGGUCAAGACUCAUCGGCCUUUCUGCAUGCCAGCCCUUACUUCGGUGUCUCCCAAGCUCCCACCACCAUCUUCAUGGAGACCAUUCGCUUCCUGAUGAAAGUCAAUGCUGUGCAGUAUAUGCACAGAGCUCUUGCACAUGAGGUGCUAUGUCCACAAGGAGGCCCCAGCUGUGAGUACUACUUGGUGCUUGCCCAGACACACCUUCUCAAGAAGGACUUUGCCAAGACAGAGGAAUAUCUUCAACUGGCAGCCCAGAUGGACUACCUGAACCCUAAUGUCUGGGGCUUGAAGGGCCAUCUCUAUUUUCUGAGUGGAAAUCAUGCUGAAGCCAAAGCCUGCUAUGAGCGAACCAUUAGCUUUGUGGUGGAUGCUUCUGAGAUGCACUUCAUCUUCCUGCGACUGGGGCUCAUCUAUCUGGAGGAGAAAGAGUAUGAAAAGGCUAAGAAAACGUACAUGCAAGUCUGUAAAAGAUCACCUUCAUGCCUUACCUGGCUAGGACUGGGAAUCGCCUGUUACCGGCUGGAGGAGCUCACCGAGGCUGAGGAUGCUCUUUCUGAAGCCAAUGCAUUAAACAACUACAACGCUGAAGUAUGGGCUUAUCUGGCUCUGGUCUGCCUGAAAGCUGGACGGCAACUGGAAGCUGAGCAGGCGUACAAGUACACGAUAAAGCUGAAAUUGAAAGACGAGGCUCUGUUGGCAGAGAUCCACAUGGUACAGGAGACAGUUGGCUUUGGAAAUCCAUCUUUCUGAUAACCAUCCAACUGAAGAAUUUUCCGUAUGGACUCCUGAGCUCCUUUCCUUCCUGGCGAGUUUCACAAUAGGAAGCCUGGCGCCGAAGAUCCAGAAUGUGAACCAAACACAGACACGUUCACGUGUUUCCUUUGGCUGUGCUACUGGAUGUUUUACUACUCAUUGACAGUAAACGAGGUCACAACGAAAAUGGAAAUAAGAAAUUUAAAAAUU